GUAUGGACAGAAUCAGUGGAUUAUCCGAUGAAUUACUGGCUAAGAUAUUAUCUUUUGUUCCGACAUCAGUUGCUGUAUCCACUAGCGUUUUGUCUAAACGAUGGGAGUUUCUUUGGAUGUGGGUGCCUAAACUCGAGUUCUUGAGUAAUCGUUAUGAUUCAGAACUUGCAAUUAGAGAUUUCAUCAACAAGAAUCUGCCAUUACUUAAAGCUCCGGUCGUAGAAAGCUUUCGCCUCAAAUGUUUGUCUUACUCAUUUCAACCAGAGGAUAUUACACAGUGGGUUGCAACUACGGUUUCUCGCUGCAUCACUGAGCUAGAAAUCGACUGUGAUUAUUGUUGGGGCGGCAAACCUGCUGUGUUAUUGCCGAGCAGUUUGUAUACCUGCGAAACGCUCGUGACUCUGAAACUUGUCGGGGGCAAGAUUCUCGUGGAUGUUCCUCGUACAGUCUCUCUCCCUUCAUUGAAGACACUGCUUCUUGGAUCUGUGACUUACUUAAAUAAAGAUUUUCUUCGACUGCUUCUAUCGUAUUGCCCUGUUCUUGAAGAUCUGAUUCUUGAACGAAGCGGUUUCGACAAUGCGAAGGCCAUAGUUAUUAUAAGCCAGUCCUUGCAGAGGUUAACAUUACCGAUAGAUGGUGGAAGUUGUUGCAAGGAUGAGUAUGUGAUUGUUACUCCUUCUUUGAAGUAUUUCAAAGUUGAGGAUUAUAAUGGAAGGUCCUCCUAUAUGGUCCUACAUACGCCUAAGGUUGAAGAGGCAGAUAUCGUAGUUGAGGAAUAUGUGGAGAUGCUCUUCGAAUCUAUCACAUCCGUCAAACGCCUUUCGUUGUGCGUAUUGUUUAACCACGAAGAAGAGUAUUUGUAUCAUGAUGGUAUUUUCUUCAGUCAGCUUGAACAUCUGAAGCUAUGUAUACGUUUUGAUUAUUGGUCGAAGCUGCUUUUCCGGUUGCUCCAAGAUUCUCCUAAACUGCGAGUCCUCAAACUCGAAAUCGCUUGUAAUGGACGAUUUAAGGAGUAUGAACCGAUAAGCUGGAACAAUGAGGAGAGCUCUGUUCCUCAAUGUUUGUUGGAGAGCCUUGAAACUUUCGAGUUUGCAGAGAUCAGGGGAAGUCAAGAAGAGAGAGAUUUCGUGAGUUAUAUCAUCAAGAAUGCUCGUUGCUUGAAGUCUUCGUCAAUCAAACCCUCUACCUAUAUAGAACCUUGGACCUCAUCAUCAGAUAGUUGUGAU